GGAGAAGGUGCCCUGAGCUACUGGAUAUGCAUGGCUUUGUUAACAUUUAUAUGAGAUUGUACAUUAACCGAAAACGCUCUCCAAAGAGUGAAUUUCUGUCUGAUAAUAGCAGAAUGAGAACAGAGGGAAUGCUGAUUUUCUUUUAAAGAAAGACCUUUUCUGUUUUGCCUUAAGACCCAGCAAGUAUGUGGCUUUAUCUGGCAGUCCUGCUGGCUUUGUUCUUCCUUAUCCGAUGGUACCGAGAGAAGCAGACUGUGGAGAACCUGAGGGAGAAAUACGUCUUCAUCACCGGUUGUGAUUCUGGUUUUGGAAACCAGCUUGCCAGGCAAUUGGAUUUGCAGGGCAUGAGAGUCCUGGCAGGAUGUCUUACCCAGAAGGGAGCUGAGGAGCUGGAGAGGGUCACAUCUGACCAGUUGAGAACCACCAUCUUGGAUGUGACCAGCACAGAGAGUGUUGCUGCAGCAACCGAGUGGGUGAAAAGAUGCGUGGGGAACAAAGGGCUCUGGGGCUUGGUAAACAACGCUGGAGUUGUGCAUCCUACAGCUCCCAACGAAUGGCUGACCAAAAAUGACUUUGUGAAAGUGCUUGAUGUCAACUUAGUUGGACUGAUUGAUGUGACCCUGCAUAUGUUGCCCCUGGUGAAGAAGGCCAGGGGAAGGGUGGUCAACGUGGCCAGCAUCCUUGGUCGGCUGUCUUUCUACGGAGGAGGCUACUGCCUGUCUAAGUAUGGGGUGGAGGCUUUUUCCGAUUGCCUGAGACGUGAGCUCCGUCUGUUUGGGGUGAAAAUAGCCAUAGUAGAGCCAGGCUACUUCCGAACAGGCAUGACAAACCUCCAAAACCACCUCGACAGUGUGGAGCGGCAGUGGACCAACGUUCCACAGGAAACCAAAGACAGCUACGGCCAGACUUACUUUGACAACUAUUACAAGCUGAUAAAGGAGUCUCUCACCACCCUGUGCUCCACAGACCUGUAUCUGGUCACUGACUGCAUGGAACAUGCCUUGACAUCCAAGAGCCCCCGGACUCGCUAUGCUGGGGGCUGGGAUGCCCAGUUCUUUUACAUCCCACUUUCUUACCUGCCCACAGAGUUGGCAGACCUUGUGCUGACAUGGCAGUGGCCAAAACCUGCUCAGGCUGUAUAAAGAGGGUAGAGUGGAAGAUAGUAGGUGAGCAAGAAAAGGUUGCUCUCUUUCAUAAUGGAUGUGUACCUUGAAACAACUGGGUGCAGAUCUGUGUCCAAUGUGAGAGGUAGCAAUUUUGCCCGCAUUGUAUUGCCAUUGGAUUUGUUAUCUCCUAAUAACCAAAGCUAUGAAUUACCAUUGGUAACUGUCUGAAGAAAAAAAUGGCCUUGUCCCUUUAACAGAGGCUGAAUGGGAUGCUGCUUACCGGAUGAUGCUAUUUCAUGUCACGAAAAUCUUCAACUGCCCGUUUAAGAACCUAAGAGCAGCCAUGCUGGAUCAAAUGAAAAGGCCAGCUAGUCCUGCACUUUGUUCACACAGUAGCUAACCAGAAGCCUACAAGUAGGAUGACACACAUGUGCACACGUUAAGCCUCUAUUAAAGGAAUGGGACUUUUAUCUCUAGGCCUGUUGGCCACCCUACUGUGAGUGCACCUGAGGAAUGCCCACACAAAUGCCUUCCUCCCUAACUGGUGCCCUUGAAGAAGGUAAGAAUUCCUUGGGGAUCAUUAGCAAACUUCAUCAGAGCUUGUUCUUAAACUUGGCCGUAAACAAUAUAGGUUCUUGGGAUGCCACCUUUUUUCCUGGCAGGAGUCCAUCUGUCUUAAGUAUCAGCCAGAAAUUUAACAAGUACAACCUUUCCCAGCUAAGAGAUGUAGUAAUGGGAACAGUUCCUCUUCAUCUUACAUUUGUCCCAUUAAAGCUGCUCAAGGGAACUUAAGUGGUCCCCAGUCAGAUAACCUUCCCUUACAGAAUUCAUAAAGGAACAAGAACUCUCAGGGCCAAGCUUCAAGUGAUGAAUGACACAGAUUGGACACUUGUCAGCUUCCCUCGAGUUUUGAUGGGAAAUGUAGGCGUCUUGGUCUUGCAGCUUCGCUCUCUGACUGCUGUCCAAUGGACUUUUCAACUGUCACUUGUCCAACAUUCCGCCAGGCUGCCUACAUUUCCCAUCAAAACUUGAGGGAAGUUGGCAAGUGUCCAACCUGUGUCAGGUGUCACUUGUAGUUUGGCCCUCAGAAGUAAGAGUUACAGUUCUUUUUUUCAGAGCUAUGGAAACAGGGAGGCAGAGCUUUGAGCAUCAUACUGCAACAAACUCCUCAUCUUCUGGCUCUGUAUGAUUGCUGUGGAAUUCCAGAAAUGAUACAGGUUUUGCCAGCCUUUUCAGGCAGCCUCUGGGGCAGAUGUCUUUAUGGUGGCUUAAUAUGUAGGAGUGAGCAGAAGCAGCUUUUCAUGGCAUGGAGGUACAAUCACCUUCUAGUUCAUGCAGAUCAGGGUAUUGCUCCACAGCUUAAGAAUCUGGUUGGAAAACUGACAGCCCUGUUUUAAAAAUGAAGGCUGUUCCUCACAUACAGCAGACCUUCGCUGAGCAGCCACGUAAAGUGUUCCACUGUAGGCGGGACAAUUAAGAAAGGGUACUGUUGCCCUACCUCCACCACUGUCUUUUUAAAAAUGGAGCUUUCCUUUCUAGUGAUGUGUGCAUAUCAUUUUGAUAUUUCAGGCGUGUAGACAUCUAUGGCUGCUCUUUAGGGGGUUUCUUAACAAUGUGGACCAAUUUCUACAAUUCACUUCACAGGUGAUGUAUGUAUGUGUGCUAUACACACUGGCUCUUGAAGUGACUUGGCAGAACUGCUUUUCUUGAGGUUAAAAGGAAAAAAAGUCUCUGUACCCUUCCAUUAACUGCUUGUUUUAUGGAUAGAUGGCCAUGGGCAUAAUACAAUAUUGUUGAUGGAUCAAUUUCUACUGUGUUGUCUAAGGCAAAAUACCAUUAAAACCAAGUCAGUUCUUGAAUAACUCAGACAAGUAUUGAAAAAUAAGGUAAAUAUCAUCUUUGGGUUAAAGUCUCCAUGUAUCAAUGUUGCAGUAUUUGCAUUUCAGUCCAGAAGUUUUGUAUAAAAUUUAUACUGGAUUUACAGAGUAGAGAUGGGCACGGUCCAGAAAACGGACCAAAAUUCUGCAUGGUCCAGCCCAGUUCGUGGUUCGUGAACACACAGUUCGUGGACUCACCUUUUUCACCAGUUUUGGUCCAUCUGGGCUGGUUUGUCUGUUAGUCCAGACAUACUGGCAUCGAUCUAUCAAUUCCCUAGGCAAUGGAGGGCACGUCUACAGACCUUUUGCAGACCUUAAAAACUUAAUAGGCAGCUCUGCCUGCCGAGCAAAGAGCUUCCAUUCUGCAACGGAGGGUGGGGACAUUCUGCAGCCAAUCUUAGCCCUCAAAACUUUGAUAGGCAGCUCUGCCUGCCAAGCAAAGAGCCCCCAGUCUGCAAGAGAGGGCGGGGAUGUUCUGCAGCCAAUCUUAGCCCUCAAAACCUUGAUUGGCAGCUCUGCCUUCCAAGCAAAGAGCUCCCAGUCUGCAAGGGAGGGUGGGACAUUCUGUAGCCAGUAUGCAAGCAAGAAGCAAGGAUUAAUUCCUUAGGCAAUGUCUGGGAAGGUGUUGGUGUGGUGAGUGAGAGGGCUCUUCCCCCACCCUUUUCUGUUUAAUUUUGCAUCAUUGCAACUUUUUGGUGCUGCUAGCCAAUGCAAGUCAAUUGGCAUUUGUGACUCCAGUAUCUACUGGAAGUUUCCAGGGGACAGCCACUUUGGGGGACUGUAACUUGGACGUCUGAAAUGCAAUCUUGACCAAACUUGGAGGGUGGCUGGAGGGGAGGCUGCUUACGAUUCUCUGCAAGUUUGGGCUCUUUGAGUAUGAAGGGGGUGGAGCCAGAGCGCCUGGAAGUGAUGGACCAUGAACCGACGAACGGGUUCACAAACUGGGCCAGUCCGUUAAAAGUUUGUGGUCUGUAGUCCAUGAAAAUUGACAGACCACAAACUGGCGGUCUGUGCAGUUUUCCCAGUCCAUGCCCACCUCUGUUACAGAGUAUAUCUCUAUUGGUGGUGGGAGGAAGCAAUACUUUUAAAACAGAUAUGUGAAAACAAAGGGGUAUCUUUGUUUUAGAGCAACGCUCUAACCACUAAACAUCUGAGCUGUAUUUAAGACAGCUUUUCCCUCCCAGAGCUUAUCUUUCACAGGUUAACAUCCUUCUAACUGAGAGGGGUCAGAAGUUAUUUAUUCCAGGUAUAUAAUGAAAACCAUGUUUCCAGUCGAUAAUCACUCAGUAUUAUCUUUAAGACAUUUAUUAAAAUAUAUCUAAUCAAUCUUUAAGCAGUGGAAUAUAUACACAGAUCACAAACAUACAAAUUAUACUACCAUAUGUAAAAGAUAACAGUAGCAAAUAAGUAUACAUGUCAUAAUCCUUUAUCCUAUAUAUCUUGCAUCUAAAAGAUAAAAUUAAAAAAUCUCACCAAAUUUAAAUGUAAAGAUCUCACCAAAGUGCCUUCUGAAAGAUUAAAUAUUCUCAUGCAACUCAUGUUUGAGAGAUUCAGGGGUCUUUGGAUCUGCCUGUCCGAUAUAGGCUCAGAGCCAAACACACGAGAAGAAAUACCCAGGUUCAGCACGUGUU